AUGGCCAACCGCCUUCGUCAGAUCCAGGGACACCUCCUGGCAAGCGAUGCCGCCGUCUCUGGCGGCCUGGAGAUGCGCCCCGUGGCCUCCGAGGAUGCGGACUUCGAAGCGCGCGUGAAGGUCAUGAAGGAGUUCAUGAGCAGCGAGCGCUUUAAGCACACCACCCGACCCUACAAGGUGGAGGAUGUAGUGAAGCUGCAGGGCACCUUCCCCAUGUACUUCAACGGCGCAAAGGUCUCCGAGAAGCUCUACAAGAUGCUCCGUGAGCACCAGGCCAAGGGCACCUGCUCCCACACUUUUGGCGCACUCGACACCGUCCAGGUCACUCAGAUGGCAAAGUACUUGACCUCCGUUUACGUGAGCGGCUGGCAGUGCUCCUCGACGGCCUCCACCUCCAACGAGCCCGGCCCGGAUGUGGCUGACUACCCUUAUGACACCGUGCCCAACAAGGUGGACCAGCUCUUCCGUGCCCAGCUCUUCCAUGACCGCAAGCAGUAUGAGGAGCGCCGCCGCAUGAGCGCCGAGGAGCGUGCGAAGACUCCGGUGGUGGACUACCUGAAUCCUAUCAUUGCCGACGCUGACACCGGACACGGUGGCAUCACCGCCACCAUGAAGCUCGCCAAGAUGUUCAUUGAGAACGGGGCCGCUGGCAUCCACAUCGAGGACCAGAAGCCUGGCACCAAGAAGUGCGGCCACAUGGGUGGCAAGGUCUUGGUCUCCACCCAGGAGCACAUCCAGCGCUUGAUCGCCAUCCGCUUGCAGGCUGACGUGCUGAACUCUCCUUUGGUGCUGGUGGCCCGUACCGAUGCCGAGGCGGCCACCAUGAUCGACAGCAACAUCGAUCCGGUUGAUCAUCCACACAUCAAGGGUGUCACCGUCAAGGGCGUUGAGCCGUUGUACGAGGCCAUGAGGAAGGGCACCGACAAGGAUUGGGAAGAGAGGUCUGGCUGCAUGACUUUCCCCGAUGCUGUGGCCAAGGCUUUGAAAGCCAAGGGCCAGGACCCUGCAAAGUGGCUCCAAGAUGCGCGCAAGAUGUCCUUGGAUCAGAUGCGAAAGGCCGCAGCAGGCAUGGGCUGCGACAUUUUCUUUGACUGGGAUUCUGCCCGCUCUGUUGAGGGCUACUUCCGUAUCAAGGGCUCCACUGAGUUCUGCAUCGAGCGUGCCAUUGCAUUUGCACCAUAUGCUGACAGCAUUUGGAUGGAGACUGGAAAGCCCAUUCUUGCGCAGGCCACUCAGUUUGCCAAAGAAGUGCGCGCUGCUGUGCCUCACCAGAUGCUUGCAUACAACCUGAGCCCAUCUUUCAACUGGGACAGUGCUGGGAUGACUGAUGGGCAGAUGGAGUCCUUCAUCUGGGAUCUUGCCAAGCUCGGCUUCUGCUGGCAGUUCAUCACUUUGGCUGGCUUCCACUGCGAUGCGCUCAACAUCGACCUCUUCGCCAAGGAGUACAGCAAGCGUGGCGCCGCUGCUUAUGUGCAGAUGAUCCAGCGCGAGGAGCGUAAGCACAAGGUGGAGACCCUGACCCACCAGAAGUGGAGUGGAUCUGAAAUCGUGGAUGAGAUGGGCAACAUUGUGAGCGGUGGCCUCUCCUCAACCGGCAUCAUGUCGGCAGGUGUCACGGAAAAGCAGUUCUGA